AUGUAUAUUUGCCUUGAUGCGUACAAGAAGGGGUUCAAGUAUGGUUGUCGGGCCAUAAUUUUUUUAGAUGCUUGUCAUCUGAAGGGGGAAUAUGGGGGGCAAUUAUUGUGUGCUAUAGGCAAGGAUGACAACGACGACAUGUUCCCCACUGCAUUUGCUAUGGUCGAGGCAGAGACAAGAGAGUCGUGGCUUGGAACUGCAGUUGGGCUUGGAACUGCAAUUGACGCUAUGUUGCCACAUGUUGAGCAUCGCUUUUGUGUUCGUCAUCUACAUGCAAACUUCAAAGCGAAAGUCUACACGGGGAAAGCUUUUAAGGAUGAGUUGUGGGGGGCUGCACGGACAUCCAAUAUUUAUGCUUUUGACCACCACAUGCAGAAGAUCUUGUCGAUGGACAAAGGUGCACAUGCUUACCUUAGUGGUGUACCUAAGGCAUCAUGGUCCAGACACACUUUCAGCUGCCAAACCAAAAGCGAUAUGUUAUUGAAUAACUUGACUGAGAGCUUUAAUGCUUGGAUUAAAGAAACUAGGAGUAAGCCCAUCCUAACAAUGGUUGAAGAUAUUCAUCGGCAGAUAAUGGCACGCUUCCAGCAAAAAAAGAAUGGAAUCCGGUUGACGCAAUACACAAUAUGUCCAAAGAUUCAUAAAAAGUUGGAGACGUCAAAAAGUGAUGCAAGAAAUUGUAUCAUUUACAUGCAUAAGCAAAAAUCAGAGGAAUAUUUGAAUGGAUAUUACAUGAUGGACAAGUACAUGCAAGGAUAUGCAGCUCGAGUUUAUAGCAUGGAAAGUCCAAACACAUGGCUAGCUGAUGAUCCAUGCAAUGAAAUUCUAACACCUAUUAUUAGAAGGGCUCCUGGUAGACCAAAGAUUGCUAGGAGAAAAGCUGCAGAUGAGUCAACUAAUCCCGACAAGCUAACCCGUAGUGGAUAUGAAGAUGUUUGUGGAUCCCAACAUGAACCACAGGCAGGAGCAGAAGCGGGGUCACCACAGCCUCGUGUUCGUACACGUAGGGCAACUCAGUCACAGGCGGAAGUAGAAGCGGGGUCGUCUCAGCAUGGUAGUACACGUAGGGCUACACAUGUACUAAGGAGCUGA